CUGCAGACAGGGGGGAAGUGUGGGCUAGAGAGCCAGGGCGGGCUCUGCUGCUAGCGGUGGCAACAGGCCGGCAGCAGGUCCUCUUCAGAGGCGGUGCCAUGCACUGGAGUCUUUCAAAUGGGCCUUUGAAAGUGCUGGGAGCUGUGGCCCUGUGGCAGCGACGGUGAGGGCGUCAGCCUGCAGCUCCGCGGCUGUUACAGGUACCACUGAAAGAGUUGUGAUGGCAGAUGCUGUUCUGUGGGUUUUGUUUGAGGGGGCGUUUUAAACUCGUUUUGUUUGACUACAAUCCUUCCUUUGCACUCAGGUGACAGGACUGGUGCUUAUCUUCUCUUUCUGGAGCGCCUCCUGACACCCUUUGUCAUCCAGAGCUUUCCCCUCCGUUGCUGAGAGGAGCGAUGGCCACAACGGGGAACGACUCCUCCGUUUCCGAGGGAGCGGCUCCUCCACAAAGGAUCCUGUUUCCCCCAGAGAAGAUUCGCAUGGCCUGGCAGCAACAACAGAGAGUUGGAGCGGGGCUCGACAACCUGGGCAACACGUGCUUCCUCAACUCCGUCCUGCAGUGCCUGACGUACACACCCCCUCUGGCCAACUACCUGCUCUCUCGGGAGCACAGCCAGUCGUGUCGUCAGCAAGGCUUCUGCAUGAUGUGCACAAUGGAAGAGCACGUUAACAUCGUCCUGCGUUCCUCAGACAGCGCCAUCCAGCCUACGGCUGUCGUCAGUGUUCUCACACGCAUAGGAGAACAUUUCCAGCUUGGCGUGCAGGAGGACGCCCACGAGUUCUUACGCUACACGGUCGAUGCCAUGCAGAGGGCUUGUCUGAGUGGCAGCAGCGAGUAAGCAAAUUGCCUCUCCAGUGUUCCGAAGCCCUUCGCACUCCUUCACGUAACCCCGUCAAGGAAAACCUGUGCCCAGGGUUUUCAGGCCAAGUAAAACUCCUGGAGGAGAUAACUCUCUGCCGCCUUACCAUUUA